UCCUGCAGUUGGGGCCCUGCUUGCACAUAUAGCUCCUCUCUGUCCAUACGAAACUGCACACACAUGAUGAUGAUGAUGAUGAUGAUGAUGAUGAUGAUGAAGAAAAGGACUAUUUUGAGUAAUUAUAUGUCACUAUUUUACACAUAUUUCAACCUCACAAUAAUCUAUUCAGGAUAAGUGAGGCAGAAAAAGACAAACACCAUAAAAUUCAUAUGUGGAAUCUAAAAACAAAACAAAAAAAAACACUGUACAGCUACAAAGAGCAGAUUGCUGGUUGCUAGAGGUGGAGGUGAGCAACAUGGGCGAAGGGGAUCAAAGGUCUCGUAUUGAGCUCUGUGGAGGCUGGAGGCUGUGGGAGUGACUGCUCCUUAUUGGACCCCACCCUCUUAGGAGGGAGAGGGUUGUGAAAAUAUUUAAGCAUCUAACACAGAUAUUAGGCAGUGACCUUGAGGAGCUGAGCUGAGAGACAGCGUGAACAUAAUAGAGAAACCAGGAGGCUGCGACAUGGCUGGGAAGCCCAAGCUUCACUACAUGAAUGGACGACUUCGAAUGGAGCCCAUCCGGUGGCUCCUGGCUGCAGCUGGAGUCGAGUUUGAAGAGCAAUUUUUGGAAAGUCCAGAAGACUUGGAAAAAUUAAGAAAUGAUGGGUCUUUGAUGUUCCAGCAAGUGCCCAUGGUGGAAAUCGACGGGAUGAAGCUGGCACAGACCAGAGCCAUUCUCAAUUACAUUGCUGCCAAAUACAACCUCUACGGGACAGACAUAAAGGAGAGAGCCCUGAUUGAUAUGUAUUCAGAAGGUAUUGCAGAUUUGUAUGAAAUGAUCCUGCGUUUCCCACUAUUCCCACCUGAUGAACAAGAUGCCAAGAUGACCCAGAUCAGAGAGAGAACAACAAAUCGUUAUUUCCCAGCCUUUGAAAAGGUAAGUGGGCUGUUCAGUGUUUGGGGAACUGAGACUAGAGGACAUAGAGAAAUGGUGCCUGGGAAGUCCUGGGGAUUUGACCUUCACUUCCAAUGGGCCCUCCUGACUACUGAUGGAGCACCCUGGCUCUCCAGGGAUGUUAUCAAAAUCAGCUGUGGGUAGGACCUGUACCGGUUA